AUGGCUACCCCCAGUGUCCUUACCUUUGAUGCUGAGGGCCGUGCUGUUUACUUUGAGAUCUGGGUCGAUGACCUCCAGCUGUUUCUACAGUGCGAUAGGGCAGACGGACUCUCUCUGUUUGAUCUCACCUUUGGUGUCUCUCCUGCCCCGCGUGCUACUGCUGACAGCACUGUUCGCUCACAGUGGGCCACACGCGAUGCUGUUGCUCGCCUUGCUGUGCGUCGCCACUUACCGACCACUGAGCGUGCACACUGUAGCCAGUACAAGAGUGCUAAGACCUUGUACGACGCUGUAGUUGCACACUGCUCCUCCCCUGCCACUGCUGCGCAUAGCCGCCUCAUGCUGCCAUACCUGUUCCCUGACCUUGCUGCCUUUCCCACAGUCGCUGACCUCAUUACGCACCUUCGCACUAGUGACAUUCGCUACCGCGCUGCGCUUCCUCCUGAGUUCUGUGCCAAGAACCCCUCCCCCAUGUACAUCACCCUCUACUACAUAGUCACACGCCUCCCUGACUCCCUUCGUUUAGUCAGGGAUCACUUCCUCUCACUUUGCCCCACCACACUCACCGUUGACCUCCUCGAGGAGCGCCUCCUAGCAGCAGAGAAGAGCAUAGUCGCUGUAGGAGCCUCUCGUAGUGACCCUCGCACCCCCUUCUUUAAGGGGUGUUCCCCCUCCCCCCUCUUGCCCUCUGUUGCUUCUGCUGCUGCGGCCGACCUCGUUGGUUUCGAGUCGGUCGGCGCUGCGUCUGCCCCUAGCGGGAGACGCCUCACAGGCAAGGGCAAGGGGGGCAAGGGCGCUGGAGGGGCUGGCAGGGGCGGUGGAGGUGGUGGUGGAGGCAGUGGAGGGGGUGGGGGUGGUGGUGGGAGUGGUGGCGGGGGUGGAGGUGUUGGUGCUAGCAGUGGAGGCGGUGGAGGCGGCGACGGUGGCGGAGGGAGCGGAGGCGGCGGAGGUGGUGGAGGCGGCGGAGGUGGCGGAGGCGGCGGAGGUGGCGGAGGCGGCGGUGGCAGCGGUGGACCUGGUCGCGGCUCUGCGCAGAGGAGUGGGUCCGGUGGUGGUCCGCGCCAGCAGCAGCAGCGCAGUCGUGAGACCCUGUCCCCUCAGCAGCUUCGUGAGUGGUACGCUGCGCGUCAGCGCGGUGGGGGUACUGGUCCCUGCACCUACGUUCUCCGUACCGGCGACCGCGCUGGUGAGCAGUGCGGGGGCCCGCACUCCACCCAGCGCUGCUUCGGCCGCCUGACGGACGCGUGGCGUCACCAAUUCCCUGAGGCCUCUGAGAUCCCUCGCUGGGGAGAGCUGUCUAGGGCGGGGGUUGCUAUCUUUGAUCUUGAUUUUGAUGCUAUUCUUGCUGCCAUGUAUGCUGUGUCUGAUAGUGUUGAGGGUGACUGUUACCUGUGUGUUCCGCCUGACCCGGGCAUUGAGACUGCUGCUCUAGGUACUGGUGAGGCUGCUGCUCUAGGUACUAGUGCGUCUGCUGCCCUAGGUACUGAUCAUUCCCUUUCACCCUCUGUCCGUUCCCUUCCCCCCAUUCCAAGCAUUCCCUUUCCCCCCUCUCUCCGUUCCCUUCCACAUUCCCUGCAUUCUCUUUCUCCCCCUCUCUCCGUUCCCUUCCUCAUUCCAAGCAUUCUCUUUCCCCCCCUCUCUCUCUAUUCCCUUCCCCCUUCUGAGCAUUCCCUUUCCCCCCUCUUGCCGUUCCCUUCCCCAUUCCCUGCAUUCCCUUCCCCCUCCUCUCUCCGUUCUCUUCCCCAUUCCAAGCAUUCCCUUUCCCCCCCUCUCUCCAUUCCCUUCCCCCUUCUGAGCAUUCCCUUUCCCCCCUCUCUCCGUUCCCUUCCCCAUUCCAAGCAUUCCCUUUCCCCCCCUCUCUCCAUUCCCUUCCCCCUUCUGAGCAUUCCCUUUCCCCCCUCUCUCCGUUCCCUUCCCCCCCCCCCCCCUCUCUCUUCAUUCCCUUCCCCAUUCCAAGCAUUCCCUUUCCUCCCCUCACUCCAUUCACAUCCCCCUCCUGACCAUUCCUUUUCCCCCCUCUCUUCGUUCCCUCCCCCCAUCCGAUAUGCCCUUGCCCCCCCCUCUCUCCAUUCCCUUCCUCUUUCUGAGCAUUCCCUUUCCCCCCUCUCUCCGUUCCCUUCCCCAUUCCCUGCAUUCCCUCCCCUCCCCCCUCUCUUCGUUCCCUUUGUUGUGCCAACACACUAUAGUAGCACCCCCUCCCUCCUCUUCAUUGCCCCUCUCUCGGCUUCUCUGACCAUUGCUUGCCAUCCAAGCCCCUUCCUCCUCUUCUAUGACCCUAUCUCGGCUUCUCUGACCAUCGCUUGCCAUCCCAGCCCCUCCCUUGGCUUCUCUGCCCCUCUCUCGGCUUCUCUGACCAUCUCUCUGCCCCUCUCUUGGCUUCUCUGCCCCUCUCUCGACCACUCGGUUCUAAUAUAUGCUUGUAUCGCUUUCCACCCAUCCCUCAUGUAUGGACAGGGGCACUAG